UUCAACACAAAAACCACCUAGUCACUUCACCAAAAAUUAAACCAGGAAGAAUCGUACAUUCCAGAACAGAAUACAAAAUAUCUCAAGCUAUAACUGAAAGACAAAUCUGGAUGAAUGAGUCAGAAUAAAAUCUAGCAGCUAUAAAGUACAUGACAACAUGGCAUUGAGUAAAGAGGUUACUGAUGAAAAUUUCGGAAGUCUUAAGUUGGAAGUGUCAAAAUGGUUUGACAAACGUAGAUAUGGAGUAAGCAUGUUGAAAGUUUUGUACAGGGACCGUGUAAAAAAUACUUCUGAACUUUAUGGGUGUUCUAAAACAAUGGACAUCAUUGAGUUACUGAUUGGUGCUGGACAUCUGACUCCAACCAAUCUGACUAUCCUCUAUGAAACUAUUAAGUUAACACAACAAUUUGGUCUAGGACAGCUAAUUAAAGAUCGACAUCCAUCAUUCCAAAUACCAGAAGAUAUCAGGAAUAUUGCAAUCGAUAAUUUUACACUUCAUCGGCAAAGACUUGUAAAUCUUGGAAUGGCACUGUCUUUCUCUGAAAUACAACACAUCAGUGGACUGUAUAGUGUUGCAGAGGAACAUGCAGCAGACAGCUGGAGUUUGAUUAUGGAUCUAGAACAAAGAAUGAAGAUUAGUGAAGGAGAGAUGGAGUCAUUCAUUGAAAACAUGAGGAAGAUUAAUUUCCCAAAGGCAGUAAAAGCUUUAACAGAAGUUGCAGAUACAACACCAAUCAUGGAUAAAGAGCGCACACAUUCACCUACGGGUUCUAUCGAUACAGUCACUAGUGAUCAUGAUACAUUAAAAGAGUCACUCAAGAAAUUUAAAAAUACUUUUAAAGCAUUGGAGAAAGAUGCGAAUCAAUGCAAAAAAAAAUUACAGUAUGAUGUCUGGGCAGCUAAUCAGGAAGCUGCAAAAUUAGAACAACAUAAAGAUAUGAGUUUGAGAAACAUUGACAAUCAUAUGCAAGAAAUAGUCAAGAAAGUCAAGGAGAAUGGAAAAAAACUGAAAAAUGAAGUUGGAGCAAUGUACGAAAAGAAUAAAAAUGUGUUAGACAUUAAAAUUAUUGAACUGAAUACUAUAAUAUCUGAUAUAGAUACAAAACUGAGUUUUCUCAAUCAGUUAUUAAAGGAUGGUAAAGAAACAGCAAUGCAGUCUAGUGAAACAGCAAUUACAUCACUGAAGGAAAGAAUCAAUGAUUUGCCAAAAUCUUUGCCAAAUGAUGGUAGACAAAUUCAUUUCUUCAUAAACAAACAGCAAAUGACUUUUUUGCAACAAUGUGACAUUGGGAAUAUAAAAUAUCUGAGGACAGCAGACUGCCUACAAUUACAAGGGGUGGAAUCUGUGAUCCAAGAUCAGACAAUUGUAGUUAGAGUAAUCAAAACAGAAGAAUGCGAAAUACAUUCAAAUCAACUGAAGGCAACCUGGACACAUCCAACUGGAGAAACUAACAUAACACAAGUUGAAGAAGAUGACAAUGGAGACUAUAUUUUGACUAAACAAUGCACAACUCCAGGAGUUUGGAGAUUAAAUGUGUGUGCUGAUGGUGAACCAAUUAAACAGUCACCAUUGAUGUUUAAUGUAGAAACAAAAGAAUCAGCCAAUGCUUAUAAAGCAUGCAAAAAGUAUCAUGUUAAAGAUGUAGUUAAGUAUGAAGAUGAUUGCUUUCUGGUUUCAUGUGAGACAAAUGAAAUACUCAAAUAUAAGCAAUCAGGAGAAUAUAUUAGUAAGGUUACACUGCCAUUAAGUGUGAAAGUUAACAAAAUGUUCAAAAUGAAGAAUAGUAACAUAGCAUUCAGUGAUCUGGGUAAUAAAUGCAUCAAAAUAUGCAAUAUGGAAGGUCAUGUGAUUCAAUCAAUUGGUCAGGGAGAAUUACGAGAGCCCAGUGUGAUACAUGUGGAUGAGGCAUCAAGUAUUAUGUAUGUAGGAGAUAGUAUUACAGGUUGUUUGGGUGAGGCAACUGGUUAUGUACUGAUGUUCAACAUUGUUAAUGACAACAUGAUCAGGAAGUUCAAUGGAGGUAAAAUAAAUGAAAUCCUCGAUAUUUCACUCACAAGUCAAGGACAUAUUUUUUUAAAGGUGGAAAUUAAUGUAGGAAAUGAUGAAUUAAAAGUAUUAAACACAGACGGGACUUCUGUGAAAUGUCUUAAAAGAGGUUCACAAUUAAAACAUAAAGUAAAAGUUGAUGAGCAUUACAAAAUCAUUCAUAAAUAUCUCCCAAUGGCAGAUAUACCAGUAUUAUUUGACAGAAUAAAAUGCUCCAGUUCUUAGUUAAAAAAAUAAAAUGUUAACAAUUUGAAAGUAUAUUUGAGAAAUAGCUUAACAGAGAGAAACAGCUGAAAAAAAGAAAACAAGAGAACAGAAGCUUCUUCACAUUGUUGUAAUAUUUUGUAAAUAGUAAACAACUUGACAUAAAAUAUUUUUUUGGAAUUUUGCAGCAACAAGUAACAAUAAUAAUAAUUGCAGUUGCUAUUUUAAUUUGUAAAUUUUUAAU